AUGCCCUAAAGGAGGAUGGUGGCCGAGAACUCCUCCGUGACAGCGUUUAUCCUCGCAGGCCUCACCCACCAACCGGGACUCCAGGCGCCCCUCUUCUUCCUGUUCCUGGGUUCCUACGUGGUCACCGCGGUGGGGAACCUGGGCUUGCUCACACUGAUCGGGCUGAGCGCUCACCUGCACACCCCCAUGUACUUCUUCCUCUAUAACCUGUCCUUCAUCGAUUUCUGCUAUUCCACCGCCAUCACUCCCAAAAUGCUGAUGGGCUUUGUCUCGGAGAAGAACGCCAUCUCCUACGCAGGGUGCAUGGCUCAGCUCUUCUUCUUCCUUUUCUUUGUUGUCUCGGAGUCUUUCAUCCUGUCAGCGAUGGCGUAUGACCGCUACGUCGCCAUCUGUAACCCACUGGCGUACGCAGCCACCAUGUCUCCCCGGGUCUGCCUGCUUCUGGCGUCGGGUGUCUAUGUGAUGGGGUUUGCCGGGGCCAUGGCGCACACCGUGUGCAUGGCCAGACUGACCUUCUGUGCCAACAAUCUGGUCGACCACUACAUGUGUGACAUCCUCCCCCUUCUUGAGCUCUCUUGCACCAGCACCCACGUGAAUGUGCUGGUAGUUUACGUGGUGGUGGGCAUCGACAUUGGGGUGCCCACCCUUACCAUCUUCAUUUCUUACGCCCUCAUCCUCUCCAGCAUUCUCCGUAUCCGUUCCACCCAGGGCAGGUCCAAAGCCUUCAGCACCUGCAGCUCCCACAUCAUGGCCGUUUCUCUUUUCUUUGGGUCGGGGGCCUUCAUGUACCUCAAGCCAUCGUCCCUCUUACCUCUGAGCCAGGGGAAGGUGUCUUCCUUGUUCUACACCAUUGUGGUGCCGAUGCUCAACCCCUUAAUAUACAGCCUGAGGAAUAAGGAUGUCAAAGUUGCUCUGAAAAAAACCUUGAGCAAAAAAAAAAAUAAUAAUCCUUUUUCCUGA